GACGGUGAAGGUGCCCGUCUCUUCAUAUCCUCUAUCAGUGACCACGUUUCUUUAUCCGUCGUCUUUGACGUCUAUCUAUACUUUACAAAGAGAUAAGUGAUACAAGAUGAUGUUGGUGCCGCUGGCUGUGGUGCUCCUUGCGGCGUUCGUCAACGCAGAGCCGGCGAUCAAUGACUCUGGACCGCGCACUAACCGACCUGGAAGAUUCUUGUCUCUUCCGAUACCGCAAAAAUGUGCAAAUCGACCGAAGCAAUUCAAUCUCCGGGGGCAUAAUUAUUUCUUCAGCGGACACGUGGGAGCCCAUGCUAAUCAACGAGUAGACUGGUUAGACGGCAGAAACAUUUGCAGAGAGUAUUGUAUGGAUCUUGUCUCGAUAGAAACUCAGGAAGAAAACAACAUGAUCUUCAAACUUAUUCAACAGAACGAUGUUCCAUAUAUCUGGACAUCAGGACGUCUCUGCGACUUUAAGGGCUGCGAGAAUCGACGUGAUCUCGAGCCUAAGUCCCUUUAUGGCUGGUUCUGGUCGGCGAAUCGCGAGAAAAUGUCACCCACCAACCAGGCACCGAUAAGCUGGACUUUCAAUCCAUGGUCGCAGACCGGCCACAAGAAGACCAGGCAGCCGGACAAUGCAGAGUACGACAUCAAUGGCACCACCGAGUCCUGCAUGGCCGUCCUGAACAACGUGUAUAAUGAUGGCAUCGCCUGGCAUGACGUCGCGUGUUACCACGAGAAGCCGUUCGUCUGCGAGGACUCCGAGGAGCUUCUCAACUACGUGGCCAGCACCAACCGCGGCAUCCGCCUCUAAAGCGAUCGCGGUCAGCCUGACACCUACAUGGUGAUCAUGAUCGUCCAUCAGCGUCACGUACUCACUCUCCUUUCUAUAUUUCCCGUAGCAAGGAGGGAGCGACGAGACACGUGCCAAAUAAGGACACGAAAUUUUUACGUGGCGAUUCUUGGUUCUUGAAUGAUGACAGAGGAUCCUUUACAAGCAAGAUUUGUAUAAGAUUCCUUUAUAAUUAUAUCCUUAUUCCUUCCAGAUUCCUUUAUAAUUAUAUCCUUAUUAAUUAUAAGGAAAUUUUAAUUUAUAAUAUACAAAUUCUAUAUAACUUUUACAUAAUUACAUUUUACAGUAGAAAGAGAAUAUAUAUUUUGUAUAAUUUUUAUAUGUUCGAUUGAGUGUCAUUUACUUAAUCGAACUUACUAGAUUAUAAUUUUUUGUGAUUUAUUUCUCUCUUCUGAAUUUAUAAUUUUUUUAUAAUUUAUUGCUGUCGAUUUUUUUAUGCGAAUUUACACGAUUAUGUCAACUUAUUGUAUCUGUAGUCUUUUUUCCUGCACAAAAUGACUUUUUCGCACGACAAGUAAUUUUUGAAUAAUAUGAUUAUCGAAGAAUGUGUCAUAACAGUUUAUGAAAAAUAAAACUAUAAAAAAAAAUUGAUAUAUCAUGCGGAGGAUGAAUUUAUUUUAUAUUUGAUUUUAAUAAUCAAAAUAAAUAUAGAACUUUGGACGCACAAUAUUAAAAGCCUCUUGAUCGAAAAAAUGAGAGUAUACUUCUCUAUAAAAUAUAUACAUUAUACGAAUAAUUUACAUCAGAUUUUCAUUAUACAAUAUAAUUCAGUUGUAACAUUAGUGUAAAAUGUAUUACAUUUUAUAAAAUUAAUUUGUGGCAAUUGUAUACAAAAAUAAAAUUUUAAAUCGUUUAUAUCGAUCAGGUAAUAACGUGUCUCGUCGCUGUGCUCUUUCUGCAGUCAUCGUAUCGAAAAAACUCAGCAAUAAUUUUGUACUUUGUUUGAUUUGUAAUCAAGUAUCCGUUGAAGAGAGUAAUUAUGUACAUGUAUUUAUUGAUAGAUAUUUGGCAAUCUCUGUACGUUUAUGAAAUAAACUUACUCUUACGUAAUUUAUGUA